AAGGGAGAUGCGAAGAUGGCUACGGCUGUGUCGCCCUUCAGCGGAGUCCUGCAGUUGACGGACCUGGACGACUAUAUCGGGCCCUCGCAAGAGUGCGUAAAACCCAUCAAAGUUGAGAAGAAGCUUGGGAAAGCAGCAGCAAAGAUCCGCAUUGAAGAUGAUGGGACUUACAUUCAAGUUGACAAGGAUGGAGGGUCACAAAAGCUUGAGAAGGCCAAAAUCACCCUCAAUGACUGCUUGGCAUGUAGCGGCUGCAUCACGUCCGCGGAGAGUGUCUUAAUCACACAGCAGAGCCACGAGGAACUCCUCAGGGUCUUAAAUACCAAUAAAACGUCAGACUCUGCUUCCCAGAAGCUGGUGGUGGUGUCCAUAUCUCCCCAGUCCCGAGCUUCGCUGGCGGCAAAGUUUUCGCUGACUCCUUUAGACGCAGCCAAGAAACUGGUGUCUUUCUUUAAAAGUUUAGGGGUGCAUUAUGUCUUUGACACGACUUUCUCAAGGAACUUCAGCCUGCUGGAGAGCCAGCGAGAGUUUGUGCAGCGCUUCCAGAGGCAAAAGGAAGACAAGAAGGCUUUGCCUAUGUUGGCUGCUGCCUGCCCAGGCUGGAUCUGUUAUGCCGAAAAAACCCACGGGAGUUUCAUCGUCCCUUACGUCAGCACGGCCAAGUCUCCCCAGCAAGUGAUGGGCUCUCUCGUCAAGAGGCACUUUGCCAAACAGCAACACUUGACACCUGACCAGAUCUACCACGUGACGGUGAUGCCUUGUUACGACAAGAAGUUAGAAGCUUCCAGGCCUGACUUCUUCAUCCAAGAGCACCAGACCCGGGAGGUUGACUGUGUGAUUACUACAGGAGAAGUUGUGAAGUUGCUGGACCAGGAGAAGGUAACCCUAUCAGAAGUGAAUCCUGCCCCUUUGGAUAGCAUGUUUAGUGGUGUAUCUGAAGAGGAGCAGUUGCUUGGGCACUCUGGAGGCGGUUCUGGGGGCUACCUGGAGCACAUCUAUAAGUAUGCCGCAAGGGAGCUCUUUGGCAUUCAAGUGGAAGAAGUUCACUAUAAGGCACUGAAAAACAAGGACUUUCAGGAAGUGAUGCUGGAGAAGGAUGGCAAAACCCUCUUGCAUUUUGCCCUGGCGUACGGGUUUCGGAACAUCCAGAACUUGGUGCAAAAACUGAAGCGGGGGAAGCUGCCGUAUCACUACAUCGAGGUGAUGGCUUGUCCUUCAGGCUGCUUAAAUGGAGGGGGCCAAAUUAAAGCAGAAGGGGAGCCCAGCAAGGAUCUUCUCCAGAGGGUGGAGAGGCUGUACGAAUCGGUCCAGCCUGAAAACCCAGAGCUGAAUGGAGCCGUGCAGACACUCUACGAGGAGUGGCUGGGUGGCCCUUCUUCAGGACAGACUCGAGACAUCCUGCACACAGGGUAUCACGCAGUGGAGAAGUCAAGCGCCACCUUGAACAUCAAGUGGUGAAGAUGGCUGGGAGUGCUGUUGGCACAGAAGGUGUCGCAAUCAUGCCCUCUUGAUUCCCUUUCCCUCUCCGAAGUGGUUGCUGGAAGGACAGAAACUGUUCAUAGGUGGCAAGAUAUGUAGCAAAUCCACCUUUAGUACCAAAGACUAGAAUAAAAAGAAUUACGGACAGAGGGUUUGGCUUUAAGGAGAGCUGUGUUCAUCCAUAUACCCUUGCCUUCCCUCCAGCUCCUGACACCCAUGACUGUUGGCCGUCCUGGCAGCAUCUGGAGUCCAAUGAUAUCUGGGGGGAUAUGUUACAUGUUGCUACCAUAAACAGUUGUCCUAUAAUGAUCAAGAUCUCUCCCCAUACCCCACAAUGCAAAGGAAAACACAAUACUAACAGAUGCUACUUGGAUGAUUGUCACAGGGGCCAGACAGUCAGACUCUUGCAGAGUUUCAGUUGGAAACAGCCCGUUUUGUGGCUUGCUGCAGGUUGGGGACUCUUGAAUGUCUGCCUGAAAGGGGGCUGGAACACGUUCUUUGGGUUCAAAGUAUGUACACCUGUCUUAGCUCAGUGUUUCCAGAGCAUUCUGUGCUUUUGGUCUCAUUCCUGCCACUUGCCUACAAUGAAUUCUCUUAGUAACAAAAAACAACAGCUGUUAUAAAUCUACAGGAUAAAAAGUUAAGAACUUCAGAAGAGCCUCCUGGAUCAGGCCAGUGGUCUAUACACUCCAUCAUCAUCUUCUCAAGAGUCCCAAAUCAACCUCUGCUCUACCUAUUUUCAAGGACAGAUUGGAAGUUCAUGCCCCAUCCUGGACCAGGAGCAAAAUGUCACCUACAACACUGAAGUGCGGCAUUUAAAAGAAUUGUAGCCAGAAACUUGAAAUGUGUCAGACCUGCUUUGUUACUUCCUUAUUCUCUGCACCCACAAAGCGGAGAAGCAGCUUCCAGCCGGGUCCACCUGGUUCAAAGAUGCCCUGCUCCCAACAAGCUGACUAACGCUUGUGUCUGGAGAGAUCCCUUGCAGCUGCAUCUUUGCACUCAAAUGUCUCUUAAUAGCACGAAAUAUCACCCCAGACGCGGUGUGGCGCUGUGGGUUAAACCACAGAGUUUAGGGCUUGCCGAUCAGAACUCCGGUUGCUCGGUCCCAGCUCCUGCCAACCUAGCAGUUUGAAAGCACGCCAAAGUGCAAGUAGAUAAAUAGGUACCGCUACAGCGGGAAGGUAAACACCGUUUCCAUGUGCUGCUCUGGUUCGCCAGAAGCGGCUUUGUCAUGCUGGCCACAUGACCUGGAAGCUGUACGCCGGCUCCCUCGGCCAAUAAUGCGAGAUGAGCGCCGCAACCCCAGAGUUGGUCACGAUGACCUAAUGGUCAGGGGUGCCUUUACCUUUACCACCCCAGAACACACACUUUCCUCCGACAGCUGUACAAUAGGGGGUGGGGGAGAAGUGAUAACUUUUUCUCCAGGACCGGUGGGAUUACCUAAGGAAACUCUUUAAGAGGCAAGGGAGAUCUGGAGGUAUAAAUGACUUUCAGACUUUGAAAAGCUGGUGUCACUCGAUCAAGUU